AUGCUCUUCAAGACAUCAUCUUUGCUGUUGGCAUGCCUUGCCGGCUCAGCGCUGGCCUCACCCACACCUACCAAAUCGAUUGUCGAACGCGCUGAUCUCUGCGGACAAUGGGACAGUGUCCAGACAGGCACCUACACAGUCUACAAUAACCUCUGGGGCGCCUCGGGAGUAGCAGGUAGUCAAUGCUUUGGCGUUGACAAGGUCAGCGGGACAAACAUUGCCUGGCACGCCACCUGGACAUGGGCUCGCGGCUCCGGCGGUGUGAAGACCUACCCCAAUGCAGUCGUCAACUAUACUCCAAAUAAGCUCUCAACGCUCAAGACCAUGAAGUCGAACUGGAGCUGGAGUUACUCAGGCAGCAACUUGGUGGCGAACGUGGCAUACGACCUCUUCACUUCGUCUUCUCCCACAGCGACCAACGAAUACGAGAUUAUGAUCUGGUUGGCAGCGUAUGGUGGUGCAGGACCUAUCUCUGCAAGCUACGGCGCCGACGGCAAUCCAGUCCCAAUCGCCACAGUGACUCUCGCUGGAAAAAGCUGGAAAUUGUACAAAGGCUCCAACGGCGUCAAUCAAGUCUUCUCUUUCUUACCAGCAGACGGAAAGAUCAUCAGCAGCUUCAGCGGCGACAUCGUUGAGUUCGUCAAGUACCUGACAUCGAAGCAAGGUCUGCCGACUUCGCAGUACUUGAUCAGCUCCGGUGCGGGCACGGAACCGACCGAGGGAAGCAAUGCUAAGUUUACGACGUCCAGCUACAGCCUUGUCAUUACCUAG